GAAGAAACUUUGCAACUCUGCAGUACGAAGAGAAUCUGCGGAGUUUUUGGAAAAGCUGUGAAUGGCAGCAUUGUUUGUGAUAGAGAAAAAUUGUUUUUUCUCUAUUCUCUAGGGUACAUCUAUGCCAUGGAAUACUAUGCGCAAUGAGAAAGUGGGGUCGCUGAGGAGCCCGAGGAAGAAGGCAGUGGCGGUGCUGGUAACUGAGCGGAGCCCAGUGACAGGAUGGCUGGGCACGGAUUGGUGUUGGUAUUAGGAGACCUGCACAUCCCACACCAGUGCAACAGUUUGCCGGCUAAAUUCAAAAAACUGCUGGUGCCAGGAAAGAUUCAGCACAUUCUCUGUACUGGAAACCUUUGCACCAAAGAGAGUUAUGACUAUCUCAAGACGCUGGCCGGUGAUGUUCAUAUUGUGAGAGGAGACUUCGAUGAGAAUCUGAAUUAUCCAGAACAGAAAGUUGUGACUGUUGGGCAGUUCAAAAUUGUUUUGAUCCAUGGGCAUCAAGUUAUUCCUUGGGGAGAUAUGGCCAGCUUAGCCCUCUUGCAGAGGCAGUUUGAUGUGGACAUUCUUAUCUCGGGACACACACACAAAUUUGAAGCAUUUGAGCAUGAGAAUAAAUUCUACAUUAACCCAGGUUCUGCCACUGGAGCAUAUAAUGCCUUGGAAGCAAACAUUAUUCCUUCAUUUGUGUUGAUGGACAUCCAGGCUUCUAUAGUUGUCACUUAUGUGUAUCAGCUAAUUGGAGAUGAUGUGAAAGUAGAACGAAUUGAAUACAAAAAAUCUUCAAAGCCAGGCCUGUCUUGUUGGUUUUUAAUUCCCCUGUUCAAAUUAAGUAAUUAAACAUAUGAGCCACAAAAUUGCAUCACUUUUAUAAUAUUUUGCAGUAAAAUAUAUCAUCUUGUUAAUACAAUGUUCUAAGCUUCUUGUAAACUAUAAGAAUAUAUUCUGUUUCCAUAUUUGAUUUCUAUGAAAAAAUGUCCAUCAUACAGUAAAUGGUCAUGCGUUAAGAAAAAUUUAUCCUUGUAAAUAUCUUCAAAGUUGAUUAUCCAGAACUUUAUUACAAAAGUAGUGCAUGAGGAAAAUGAAUCUAGAUUUUCUUGUAUACGUUUUUCUCUUCAGUAAUAAACAGUUACCUUUCAUUUAUUUAAAAAAAAAA